AUGGUCCUUGUUGAUAAUGAUAAGGUUAUAUUUGACCUUUUCAAUAUGAUAAAUGAUGGGGAUACAGUGGAGGUGUAUGUUUUUCAUGGGGUUAGUGAAGCUAAUCAGGCCCCACUUGAAUUGGAGUUUGUCACCCAUGUGACUGGAAGUGGGGUAGGUGAAGAAUCUUUUAACGAGACUUCUAAACCUAGUAAUCAGCCUCCUACUUCUACUUUACCUUCCAUCCCUACAACUGGUCCUUCUAAAACUUCCAGCACUCCAUUUAAUGCUCAGUCUUCUACUGUGCCUCCAUCAUCUCCUUCUAUUGUGCCUCAUUCUUCUAUUGUGCCUCCACCAUAUCCUUGUACUGUGCCUCCUCCUUCCACUGUGCCUCCCCCAUCUACUUCUACUGUGCCUCCUCCUUCCUAUGUACCUUCAUCCGAUUAUCCUAUAAUAGAUAAUGAUCCAACUGAUGAUGAAGUGGAAGAUGAAUCAGGAUCUGAAGGGGAUACUAGUGAAGAUACUGAGGUUGACAGUGAUGUUCAUCAAGAGUAUGUAGAUAUAAGGGCAACCAAGAGGCAUUUCAAAAGGUCACAAAGGUGA